AUUGGUUCUAUCAAAGAUUCCAUUCUACCACAUUGGUUCCUCCUCUCUCCAUCUUUCAGAUAUAAAUACAUGCUUCUUCAUGUGCUUUGCGCUGAGGAGUAGUAGUUUGCACUGAACAACAAGAAGAAACAAGCACAACAAUUUAGCUAAGUUCACUCAUUGAUCAUCAUUAUAUUAUCUGAUAUAGCAAAGUGAUCUGCAGAUAAUAGAGAGGUGGAAGAAUGUACCAUCAUCAUCAUCAAGGGAAGAAUAUCCAUUCCUCAAGUUCAAGAAUGGCAAUGUCUUCUGAGAGGCACAUGUUCCUUCAAGCUGCUGGAAAUGGGUCCGGGGGUGACUCUGGGCUUGUGCUCUCCACAGAUGCCAAGCCUAGACUGAAAUGGACACCAGAUCUUCAUGCCAGGUUCAUAGAAGCAGUUCAUCAGCUUGGUGGAGCUGACAAGGCAACCCCAAAAACAGUGAUGAAACUCAUGGGAAUUCCCGGGCUUACCUUAUAUCAUCUGAAGAGCCAUCUUCAGAAGUACAGACUGAGCAAGAAUCUGCAAGGACAAAGUAAUAACAACGUGCCUCACAAAAUUAUAUGUCACACAAAACCAGGUGCAAGUAGUGUAUCUACGGGAGAAAGACCCUCUGAAAGCAAUGGCACUCACAAUCAUAUGAACAACAACACUUUAAACACUAUUCCGUCUUCUCCUCAGUCGUCGAAUAACAAAGAUUUACACAUAAGUGAAGCACUGCAGAUGCAGAUAGAGGUGCAAAGAAGGCUAAAUGAACAACUAGAGGUGCAAAGACACAUGCAGGUGAGGAUAGAGGCACAAGGGAAGUACCUGCAAGCAGUGCUGGAGAAAGCUCAAGAAACACUUGGGAAACAGGAUUUGGGAGUAGUAGGGCUUGAAGCUGCAAAGGUCCAACUCUCUGAGCUUGUUUCCAAAGUUUCCUCUCAGUGCUUGGAGCUUCAAACCAACAACAACCACUUACCAAAUAAUAAUAAUAAUGACUGCUCCAUGGACAGUAACAGUUGCCUCACAUCAGAACAAGAGAAUCUAAGGCCCUUCAUCAAUGGCCACCACCAUAAAUUCAUGUUGGAGAGAAACACCACCACCACCACCACCAACUUUCUGACGCCAUUAGGGAGCAAGAACAAUAAUAGUAACAGUGCUGAGAGAAGAAGCUAUGUAGUGGAGAGAAGUCCAAGUAACUUGUCUAUGAGCAUUGGACUUGAAAGGGAGACAGAAGCAGCGAUGAUGAUGAGUAGUGAGAAAGGUUCUCAUCAUCAUCAUCAUCAUCAUCAUCAAGAUUAUACGUUGCCACCUUCUUCUUACUUUUCAGCACCAAGGCUUGACCUUAACGCACGUGAUCAGGAUCAAAGUCAUGAAGCAACUGCUGCAACUUGUAAACAGCUGGACUUGAAUGGAUUCAGUUGGAGCUAAUUAAUGAUAGGUAGUAGUGACAUACAUACAUAGAUGCAUGCAUGCAUGCACGGUUUCAAGCUGUGGUUGUGGCUGUGAUGCCAAAAGUUGUAUAGGGACAUAUAUCGAACAGUUGGCAUGCCAGUGCAGCGAACUACUAUAUAUUAUACUGUGUACAACAGUAAUUAAUACUGCCAUCACAAGUGGGGAUCGGGGUAACAAGAAUAGAGAAUGCAUGAAUGUACAAGGCAAAUGUAUUAUUACUUAAUCAUACAAAUUAAUUAUCCGAAACUAUAUGUAUGCAAGUACGAGAGUUAUAAGUUAAUUACUUUUUGUAA